CAUGACCUGAGCCGAAGGCAGACGCUUAAUGACAGAGAUACCCAGGCACCCCUGACCUAUCAUUUUAGAUGAACUGUUCACAUUAUGUUGCUUGAGACUGGGAAGGCCUGAGCCAAUGCAGGGGAAGGGACCUUUCCCAGGCGCACCCAUCUGUGAAUACCUUUUUCCAGAAGUGUCCCUUCCUGGGUACAUCUUCAUUGCCAUCUUCAUAUUUGUUAUUUGGAAUUUGGAAAUACGCUCAGAUGUCUCUCCAACUUCCUUAGUCAAAUGGGGAAAAAAAAGCAAAAAAAAAGCUUGGGAAUGAAAUCCACCGUUUCCCUCUGAAUACAAGAAUCACGUUGCUCAUUUAUAUCUCUGAGUGGUUUUGUUUUAUUUAUGUCACAGUGUGAAGAACUUGCUGGGUCUCAUUAUUGCUCUGUGUACCGAAGUGGUCGGAUGUCUUCCUCUUUAUGCCGGCAUGGUUAUUGAUUUUUUGACAAUGCAUAAUGUGAAAAGUCAUAAAUCUCCAAGCGGUAGAGCCCUAGAACCAUACGUAUCUGGACGAGUGGGCAUGUGCUGGGUGCGAGAAGGAAAUCCUGUGUCACCAUUGUUCAGCCAGACCGAUGCUGUCGGAGAGAAGACAUGUCACAGAAAACACUCUUUUCGGAGCAUCUCCUGGUACACCAGAAAUGUCUUCCUUAAGUGGGAAAGUCCAAACGGUUUUGGGCCCCGUGGAGCCCAGCAAACUGGGCCGUACUCUGACCCACGAACAUCUGACGAUGACCUUUGACUGCUGUUACUACCCCCCUCCUCCGUGUCAUGAAGCUACCUCUCAGGAACCUAUUAUGAUGGAAAACUUAUUCUGGAUUCAAAAAAACCCUUAUUCCCAUAAAGAGAAUCUUCGGCUGAAUCAGGAGACAGAAGCUGUACGGGAAGAAUUGUUGUAUUUUAAAGCCAAAGGUGGAGGGGCUGUGGUGGAGAACACAACCGUUGGGAUUAGCCGAGACGUGAAGACACUGAAAUGGCUUGCAGAGGAAACAGGCGUCCAUAUCAUAUCUGGAGCUGGGUUUUACGUGGGGGCCACUCACUCUCCAGAGACCAGAGCCAUGUCGGUGGAGCAGCUUACUGACGUUCUCAUUAAUGAAAUUCUCCGUGGAGCUGAUGGAACGAGUAUCAGGUGUGGCGUCAUCGGAGAAAUCGGUUGCUCCUGGCCUCUGGCUGAGAGCGAAAGGAAGGUUCUUCAAGCAACAGCUCAUGCCCAGGCUCAGCUGGGCUGUCCUGUUAUUAUUCAUCCCGGAAGGAAUCCAAGUGCGCCAUUUCAGAUUAUCCGAGUGUUGCAAGAAGCAGGUGUGGACAUCUCCAAAACAGUUAUGUCCCACAUCGAUAGGACUAUACUUGAUAAAAAGGAACUACUAGAGUUUGCUCAACUUGGCUGUUACUUGGAAUAUGAUCUCUUUGGGACCGAACUCCUUCAUUACCAAUUCAACCCGGAUAUUGACAUGCCCAAUGAUAAUAAAAGAAUUAGAAGGGUGCGUCUUCUGGUGGAUGAGGGCUAUGAAGAUCGAAUUCUGAUCGCGCAUGACAUACAUACGAAGCAUCGGCUAAUGAAAUAUGGAGGUCACGGCUAUUCUCAUAUACUUACCAACAUUGUUCCUAAAAUGUUGCUUAGAGGUAUCACUGAGAAUGCACUUGAUAAGAUACUAAUAGAGAACCCCAAGCAAUGGCUAACUUUCAAAUAGGAUGGUUGUUUACGAAUUCACACUUUGAGUAUAAAGCUUGCAGAGAACAUUUUUCAGUGAUUUCAAACCCACUGUGAGAUAUUAAUCAGAGCUCUGUAGGACUAACGGGUCAUUUCCUUUUUAUGAGAAUUAGGAGAGUUUUGCCUUCUCAGAAACCGCUCUUAGCUCUAUACCUUUAGGAAGUUACUGACCUAAUGAGCCCUAUUGUUUUGCCUUCACAAAAUAAAUACAGAAAGAUCCAUUUCCAAACAGUAAUUUACAGCCUGCAUCCCCUUAGUGGAGUUUUGUUUUGUUUUGUUUUCUUAAUCUAUCAGCUGCUCUACUUGAGAAAAUUUAAAGUGUUUCUAGUUAAAUUACCCCCUUCUGGAGCAAUCAAUGUUUCUUGUAAUAUUGAUGAUCCUACUAAUUAUCCUGUUCUUUAAUUAAUGCUUAAUGAAUAAUAUGGCACCUUAAAAUAGCUUCAGCAGCAAAGGAAGUUACAUUUUGAGACUUUUUUUUCCCCCGAAGGAUACUGUAAUACAAUUAGCAAUUCACGACGGUAAAAAGAUCGUGUAAGCUUAAUUAUAAACUG